AUUCAUCUGGCAACCCCCUGUUCAACUGCGUUUCCUGUUCAGCUUGGAUCAGACUGGCCUGCCCGACGUUGUUGGGCGGUGAGAUUAUAUCGCUGUGCGUGCAGUUUACAAUUCGGGAAAGAAGAGAGAAGUAGUCUGGAUUAAGACCGAUAUUCAAGCAGGGGGACACAUCUGAAGAGGGUCGGAGCAGGCAGGAUGGUGACCAUUCCGGAGUACUACGAGGGCAAGAGCGUCCUGAUCACGGGCGCCACGGGCUUCAUGGGCAAGGUGCUGCUGGAGAAGCUGCUCCGCUCCUGCCCCGGCGUGCGGGCCGUCUACGUGCUGGUCCGCCAGAAGGCCGGGCAGGACCCCCACACGCGCGUCGCCGAGAUGGUCAACUGCAAGCUGUUUGACAGGCUAAGAGACGAGCAGCCGGACUUCGCCGAGAAAAUCGUUCCCGUCAGCAGCGACCUGACCCAGCCGGAACUGGACCUGAGCAAGGAGGACCAGGAGACCCUGGCCGACUGCGUGAACAUGGUCUUCCACUGCGCCGCCACCAUCCGGUUCAACGAGCCUCUCAAAGACGCGAUCCAGCUGAACGUCCUGGCCACGCAGAAGAUGGUGGCGCUGGCGCACAGGAUGAAGCAGCUGGAGGUGUUCAUCCACGUCUCCACGGCCUACGCCAACUGCGACCGCACGGUCAUCGAGGAGCUGGUGUACCCUCCGCCCGUCGACUACAAGAAGCUGAUCGACUCCCUGGAGUGGAUGGAUGAGAAGCUGGUGAAUCUGAUCACACCGAAGCUCAUCGGGGACCGGCCCAACACGUACACGUACACCAAGGCGCUGGCCGAGUACCUCGUCCAGCAGGAGUGCGGGAACCUGAACGUGGCCAUCGUCCGGCCCUCCAUCGUGGGCGCCAGCUGGAAGGAGCCCUUUCCGGGCUGGAUCGACAACUUCAACGGGCCGAGCGGGAUCUUCAUCGCCGCGGGGAAGGGGAUCCUCCGCACCAUGAGAGCCUCCAACAGCGCGGUGGCCGACCUGGUGCCGGUGGACGUGGUCAUCAACACCACGCUGGCGGCGGCCUGGUACUCCGGGUCCCAGCGAUACGCCAGGCCUAAAAGCAUUUUGGUGUACAACUGCACAACCGGUGGCAUCAACCCCUUUCACUGGGGAGAAGUCGAGUACCAUGUAAUAUCCACUUUCAAGAGGAACCCCCUUGAGCAGGCCUUCAGACGGCCCAAUGUUAAUCUCACAUCCAAUCACCUUAUCAAUCAGUACUGGAUUGCUGUAAGCCACAAGGCGCCAGCAAUCCUUUAUGAUCUCUACCUCAGGAUAACAGGAAGACCGCCAAGGAUGAUGAAGACCAUCACCAGGCUGCACAAGGCCAUGAUGGUGCUGGAGUACUUCACCAGCCACUCCUGGGUGUGGAACACGGACAACGUGACCAUGCUCAUGAGCCAGAUGAGCCCCGAGGACAAGAAGAUGUUUAACUUCGACGUGCGGCAGCUGCACUGGGCCGAGUACAUGGAGAACUACUGCAUGGGGACGAAGAAGUACGUGCUGAACGAGGAGCUGUCGGGCCUCCCGGCUGCCAGGAAGCACCUCAACAAGUUGAGAAACAUCCGCUACGCGUUCAACACCAUCCUGGUGGUGCUGGUGUGGCGGGUGUUCAUCGCCCGCUCUCAGAUGGCCCGCAACAUCUGGUACUUCGUGGUCAGCCUGUGCUUCAAGUUCCUGUCCUACUUCCGAGCGUCCAGCACCAUGAGGUACUGAGGCCGGCGCGGGAGGCUGCCCCCCCCC